AGUCUUUCAAUUUUUAAAUUUUCUUGAAACAACGUUGAAAACGAAUCAUGAAACAUGUGUUUACAAUUUAAGAAAGCAUAAGAAGCAAAGAAAACAUUUUAUUAUUAUUAACAUUGAUAAUGUCUGACGCCGAAGAUAUUCCAAAACUUAUUGACGAGAAUUGCGAAACUGAUUCAUCGGAUGAAGAUCAAUGGGAAGAGGAAAUUGACGAAAGUGUUGAAAUUACAAAAUGUUUAUUCAGUGACAAAACGUUCCCAAAUCUUAAUGAUGCAAUUGAGCAUCUUAAAAAUAUUUACAACUUUGAUUUGUCUGAGAUGAAAAGAAAAUAUUCGAUGGAUAUCUACAGCUACAUAAAGAUGAUAAACUUUAUAAGGAAAAACAAAUUAGAAGCACCAUCAGAAUUGUUUUCACCUCAAGGUGAUCCAUUAUGGCUAAGCGAUGAAUAUUUGAAACCAGUCUUAGAUUUUGAAUCUUGGCUCUCUUUUGACUUUGAGGAGUUGUCAGAAAAUCCAAAGGAAGUUAAUGAAAACGAUGAUAGGACACUUAAUACCAUUGAAGAUCUCAAGAAUAAACUUUCAAUAAAAGAUCAACUCAUAGCACAAUUGCUUGAAGAUCAAAUUAAAAUGAAAGAAGCUUUCCAACAUUUAAUAUCGAAAGAAUCAAUAAAAAUUCAAACAACUGAAGACCGUGAAUUGAGUGAAAGAAAGAAACGAGUAGAAAACGGUGUCGCAAGUUUAUCUCUUAGUGAUGACAAUGGAUAUUUUGAAAGUUAUUCACAUUAUGGAAUUCAUCACAGCAUGCUAAGUGACAAAGUACGAACAGAAAGUUAUCGGAAUGCAAUUCUUAAGAAUUCUUCAGUUAUCAAAGAUAAAAUUGUCAUGGAUCUUGGAUGUGGUACAGCAAUUCUGUCAAUGUUUGCAUCACAAGCUGGAGCUAAGGCAGUGUAUGCUGUCGAUCAAUCUGACAUCAUUUAUAAAGCCAUGGAAAUUGCACAAACCAAUAAUUUCAACAACAUAAGGUUCGUUAAAGGGAGAUUGGAAGAUGUUAAGUUUCCAGCUGAUAAAGUUGACAUUAUUGUGAGUGAAUGGAUGGGAUAUUUGCUGUUGUUCGAAGGAAUGCUAGACAGCGUAAUUUAUGCGAGAAAAAACUAUCUUAAAGAUGAUGGUUUACUUCUUCCGAAUCGUUGUACAAUCAGUCUUGUUGGUUAUGGUUCCGAAACAACUUACAAUAAUUAUAUCAAGUUCUUUGACAAUGUUUAUGGUUUUAACAUGAAAUGCAUGAUUAAAGAAAUUCUUCGUGAAGGUCAUGUAGAGAAAUGUGAUGGAGAAUAUGUUCUUACAAAAUCAAACACAAUUUGUGACUUGGACUUGAUGACAUGCGACAUGAAUUACUCAAAUUUUACUUACGACUUCAAUUUAGAAGUAACUAAAGCAUCAUUGAUGACUUCUUUUGUCGGAUACUUCGAUACAUUUUUCGACUUGCCAGAGAAAGUUUCAUUUUCAACAUCACCAGAUUCAAAACCAACACAUUGGAAGCAAGCAAUCUUUUAUCUCGCUGAACCUGUCAAUGUUAAAGUAGGCGAUCAGAUAUCAGGAAAAUUCAUUUGCCGACGCGAUAGAAACGAUCUCCGGUCGUUAAACAUUGAGAUAAAAGCUUUUGGAAAAUCAUUCAUUUAUGAUAUGAAUUAAAGAAGUAAAGUUCUGUUAAUAAAUAUUUUUUUAUAAAAAAUAAAAACUUCUUAUCAAUAGAAGAAAACAAAUAA